AAAAGUCCACGAGUGUAGCGGAGAAACUUCACGAAUGUAAAUAUUACGUGAGCAACGUCAAGUACGUCCACACGCUUUUUCUUUUGACUCAUGCGAACAUGCCGCGCAAAAAGCCGUAUAGUAACAAACAGAAAAAGAAGCAGCUGCAAGUGAAACGCGAGAAAAAAAGAGGAGAACCGGGUUCAAGUCACAGCAGCAGAAAUGCCAGUGUGGAGAGAGGACCUGGCAGAGACAGGCAGUCAGAUACAUCAGACAGCGAGACGACAGACAUCAAGAGGAUCAACCAGCAGCCUGGCACCGGAGACGGGAGAUAUGACUCCAAUAGAUUCCGUCUGCACUUUGAGAAGGAGACCAAGGAAGAAGUGGAAAGGAGGAAGAAAAUAGCAAUGCAGAAAAUCAUAAAGCCGGUGGAAGAGAAGGAACUAGAGGUCGAUAUAAACCAGAUCUUCCCAGAGGAUAAAGGCCUCAAUUUCCCACGACGGCCCUCCUGGCAUUAUGAUAUGCAGAGGGAGCAGCUUCUGCGCAAAGAGGAGAAGUCAUUUCAGGAGUAUCUGGAAGCUCUUUACUCCAUGAAUCCCCCUGGUACCCUCAGCCACUUUGAGCACAAUCUGGAGACAUGGAGGCAGCUGUGGCGAGUAAUGGAGAUGUCUGAUAUCAUUCUGCUCAUAGUAGACAUCAGACACCCAGUGCUGCAGUUUCCUCCAGCUCUGUAUCACUACAUCAUUGGUGAAUUAAAGAAGCACAUCAUCCUGGUGCUCAAUAAAGUGGACUUGUGCCCCGCCCCUCUAGUGCUGGCAUGGAAACACUACCUGACCAAAAUGUUCCCCCAACUGCACUGUGUCUGCUUUACCUCACACCCGGGACAAACCUUUAGCACAGUUCUACAGAAGAGAAAGAUGAGGAAGAAGGCUGGAUGGAGUCUGGCAGGAGGACCAAUUCACAUCAUGAGGGCAUGUCAGGAGAUCACAUCAGGAAAAGUGGAUUUGAGUAGCUGGGAGAAGAAGAUCCAGAGGGAUGCUGUUGCCAUGGGAACUGAGUGGGAUCAGGCUGAGGAUGGACUGGAAUCUGUAUUGGUGGAGCAUCAUAGUGACAUUGCAUUGGAAAUGAACAGCCCUACACAAGAACUUUACAAGGAUGGUGUUUUAACAGUAGGGUGCAUAGGUUUCCCUAAUGUAGGUAAAUCUUCAGUGCUCAAUAGUCUGGUUGGCAGAAAGGUUGUGAGCGUAUCUCGGACCCCCGGCCACACUAAAUACUUCCAAACUUACUACCUCACUCCUACUGUUAAACUAUGUGACUGUCCCGGGCUUGUUUUGCCCUCCCGAGUAGACAAGCAACUUCAGAUUCUGAGUGGUAUAUAUCCAGUGUCCCAGCUGCAGGAGCCCUACACCGCGGUAGGAUACCUGUGUGAACGGACCAACUUUCUCUCGGUACUGAAGCUGACACAUCUUGACCCAAACAUAGGAACACGGGAGGACCCCAAGACACAGGACUGGACUGCAUGGGACGUGUGUGAAGCGUGGGCUAAACGGAGAGGAUAUAUGACUGCUAAGGCGGCCCGUCACGAUGCCUAUCGAGCAGCCAACAGUCUCCUGCGGUUAGCCAUUGAAGGAAGAAUCUGUCUAUGUCUUCGGCCACCAGGGUAUACUCAAAGCAAAGAUGAAUGGGAAUCACACCCAGACCUGGCCGAGAUCGUCGCCCUACAAGGAAGAAGGGAUGACGAGGAGAAGUGUGGUGAGAGGGAAGACGAGGACGUUGAGUCCAGCUCGGAUCUGGAGGAGGAGAACGAUCGAGAUGCGGAUGAUGAUGAGGACGGUGAUGGAGAUGAUGAAGAUGAUACUGUAAAAGGCGACAGGAAGGGCCUCACUCUCAAUAUGUUCAGUGUGUUGGGUGAGAAUGAAUGUGAUUGAGGGAUGAUUUGUGUUUCACUCUUUCAUUCCAUUUACAUGCAUUCCUGUUCCCUUGGUUUCUCUGUAAUCUCUUUACGACUAUCUUAUUUCAAUUUGCAGUGUCAAUCAUUGACUGUAUGAAGUUUAUUUAAAUGCUAGAUUUGUUUUUUAUUCGACUCUCCUUGCGCACUUAUAAAGACCAUCACAUAAACACAAGCAACACUUCCCUUAUCUUCGCAUAAUUUUGCCUGUUUAUGCUGCAGUAUAAAGUGGAUCUUGUUCAGUAUUCCCGUGCCUCGUUGCCCUCUCUGCUUUCAUUCACUGUCAUCAGAACAGUGCUUUGACAUCUUUUAUUUCUUUUUUUCUUUUCUGAGAGGACAGAGGGAAUCCAUUCAGCCAAGUGAUUGUACAAUCAGUGAAGUUAAGCAGGCGUCAAUGAUAACAAUCACUGAUUUAUUAGUAAUCCCAAAGGUUCAGGUGAGGUGAAAGCCCAUAGGAGAUAUAUGACCUCAGAUUGAGUUUCAAUGAGAGUUGCCCAUACAAAUGUGAAUUACCCUCAGUUACAGCAACCGUCUGCAUGCAUGGGCAGUACCAGCUGUGUUCGGCUAAUAAAGCAGCCAGACAGACUGUAGAUAGCAGAGAGAAUGAUAUAAAUAAAUAAGAUUUAUAGUCACUCAAAGCACUUUCUAAGCAGAAGGCAAACUAUUCUUUUAAAGAAAACUUUAUUUUCUAAUCAGAUGUACUUAUAUUGUGGUUAAUGAAGUAUGGUUUUUCUGUAAAGUUGCAGUUGGAGAGAAUUUGUGCCACAAAAUGUUUCAGACUAUGCAAUGUUUAAAGAGAUAUCAGAGAACCUGAUACAGUCGUUCGAGUUAUGAGACAGGGGGAUUGUAUGACACAUUAUACAUACACACUAACAGCAGCCACUCGACGCCACUGAUCUCAUCAGCGGGCGAUUGCUGUGAUUUUGGGGUCAUGCAUUAGAGUGGAUAGGCAUUGAAGAACUGGAGUUUUGCUUAAGUUUUGGUGCUGGUUUUGUGCUUUUCAGCCUCCAGUCCUUGCAUGCCCCUACAUAAAAAUGUCAUGUGGGUGUGUUUCUGUUUGUGUGGGUGUGACAGUGUGAAUUUUUCUUUCUUUAAUGAGAAGUUAUAAAACAUGACGGAAGCACUCUGCAAUAAAAAUAAAUCUGUUGACCCCUGA